AUGGAGCGUAGCGAUUGGGAUCGUGUGAGGAUCCUUGCUACCGCCACCCAUCUCUGCACAUCGCCAUGGUUCACCUCGAUUCCAACCGCUUUCCCCACCGCACCGCUUCAAGUGCAGCCGCUGGCGCAACUUUGCGUAAGCCACAGCGCUCGAAGCUGCGCAGGAAAUCUAGUGGUUGUAAUCGACGUGGGACCAUCUCCAACUGCAGCGGGAAUUAUUAUUUUGUUUGUUAUAUUAUUGAUGGCAAGCAAAAAAUCCACCUUUAUGAGUCAGCGUCCGAUUGUCUCUCGUCCUCCAGCACUUAUUCUACCUACUCUAUCAUCGGCAGAUCACUCCCUUCCACAGACCAAUUCUUUUCUCUCAGCAGAGAAACGUGACGCUUUUUACCACAGUAUAAAAGAGGAACCUGUAAAAGAUUAUGGAGAUCAACUAGCGGCACAAAGUAUAAACGACUAUCUUCACUACACCGAUAUAUAUUCGAAUGCAUGUAAAGCUUCAUUUGGAAACCAGAAAAUUCGUGCCUUCGAUUAUGUUUGUCCUUACCGCGCUUCGCAGAAUACUUCGGCAUUAUUUCCUUCAUUGGGCACGGAUAUUUCCAGCAAUACUUCACUAUGCAGUGAUUUUUCCGAGAAAACCGAACAUACCUCAAUUCAAGGGAGGGAUGUGGCACCGCGGGUCAUUAGUACAAUCACUGGGAUAAUUACGCCUGUAUCGUCACCAUUACCAGUCUCUAGACGAUCAGCAGCUCGCGGAAGUCAAUUAGCUGGCUACAAUACUUGCCAGCUAUCUGCGAAGGAUUCACAUUCGGAAGGGUAUUCGACAUGCUCUUCGAGCCGUUCCUGGACAAGCUCUGCUAGCUCAAACGGUCGAAAAUUCCCGAAUUUCACUACGUAUUCCCACCGAUCAGAGGAUGAUGAAGGAUUUCUCGAUCAAGGAUCAGGUUUGAGCCCGGUGGUGGACCCCUUAUCACUUCCUCUUCCACCUGCGGAAUACAUCGAUGCCGUAGAAGAAGGGUUCACUUCUUGUGACUUGAGCCUAACUCAAAAGAGCACCGGAACAAUAAGCGAUUUCUUCUCACAAAGUGGAAGCUCUUCUGGUUCACUUUCUCUUUGCGAUGGUCGGCGUCACCAACUGGACAAAUCUACGAAUUGCAGAGAAAAGAGCGCUAAUUACGACUCAAAUGCUUUUGUCAUACAUCCACCCUCUUCGGUGUCACUGCCGGAACUUGGAGAUAAGCACAGCCUUUCCGUUGAUAGCGCUGUGACGUCUGAUGUUUCUCCGGUACGCAGCCCUGUAGCCAAACGUGGCCGUUUUGGUCUUUGUGAAUCAGACGGGUACGAUCCCGGUGGUGAGAAAACUCAAAGUGAUAGCGUUGUUCUGGAUUUGGAAAGGUACUGUAAUGAGUACGCGAAAGAAACAUAUUUCUGGCUAUGUCACCAGGAAGCGACUAUUCAUGCUAUUGGCACUUCUUUUAUGGCAGCUCAAAAACUGGGUGGAGCAUCCGAAGCGAAUCGUCGCACAGCGAUAAUGAGAGCUAUCUCAGAAAUGAGGAAACUGAGGCAUACGGUGGAAUCCAUCCAUCUUGGUGCUUAUAUCAUGGACAAAUGUUUGGAUUCUUUUCACAUUGCAAGUGGAGCUUUGGUUGAUGUAUGUGCAGUCUCAAUGGUGCUUGGAACGAAGAUGGAAGAAUAUGACUCACUGAGACCAGGUAUAGUAGAUGGUCUAGCGGGUGCCUCUCGAGACAGGUCUCGUCUCUGUCAAAUUGAGAAACGAAUCAUUCACGAGUUAGACGAUGGGCUCUGUUUUCCUACACCUUUGGUAUUUGCUAAUUUUAUGCUAGCUUACAUUCGUAGCGACCAGGAACAAAUUCGUUUUGCUCACUAUCUUCUGGAAUUGGCGUUGUUGGAGUCUCGAUUUCGUGAUGAUGGAGGAGCUAGGGUGGCUCAUGCGGCUGUCUGUAUUUCUUUUGCGAUGGUCAAGAAGAAAGAUACAAUCUUCGACUCAGAAUGCCAGGCGCUACUAGACGUGGAAAUUCAUCUAUUUGAUCUCACAAAACUCCCAGUUGGCAGUACAAGGGACGUCAUGCGAGAAUUAGCUGUGGAAAUGGGCCGAGCUGUUGAGGAGAAGCAUCCAGUUUUGAUCGACUACCUUGCUGAAGACAACAAGCGUGUAUGUUUCUGUGAGAUUUCUCCAGCACUAUGGAAUUUCAUUUGUGGAGCGCAUGCCUAUCUAUGGGAGAGUUCUGCGUUGGAAAUCUUUGUCUGA